AUGUUUCCUUCGAUAUCCAAAUUCUUGACCGCUGCUGCCGCUCUGUCGACGACAGCUUAUGCAGUUCCUCAAGGAUGGAGCGACUCAUCAGGUAGUUGGCAGGGCGGCCAGGGUGGCCAGGGCAGCGGAAGCAACUCGGUCUCGACGACACCGACUACAACAUCAGCAGCAUUAAAUUAUGCUUCGGCGAGCAGCAGCUCGGCCACCGGCUUUUCUACGGCAUCAUCCGCAGCGAAGGCCGUGUCGUCGGGUACAGCAUGCAACAACUCACCCGACCUGUGCAGCCGCACCUACGACAACGUCACACACAUGGGAGCUCAUGACUCCUCCUUUCUCCGAGACUCCAGCACGGAUGACUCGAUAGCAGGGACACAGUUCCUGAAUGCUACAUAUGCGUUGAACAGUGGUCUCCGCCUGCUUCAGGUGCAAGUCCAUGACCUGAACGGCGCCAUCGAGAUGUGUCACACCACCUGCGAGCUGCUCGAUGCAGGAACCCUGCAGUCCUGGCUUUCGAUUAUCAAGGAAUGGAUGGACAACAACCCCAACGAGGUGGUGACACUACUGAUUGUCAACUCGGAUGACUUCAAGGCGUCGGAUUUUGGCACCGUCUUCAAGGCCUCGGGCAUCGACACGUAUGGCUACACGCCCAGUGGCAGCGCCGGCAACAGCACGACCUGGCCUACCUUGUCCGACAUGAUUUCGGCCAACACCCGUCUGGUCACGUUCAUUGCCUCGAUCGACGCCGACUCGAGCUACCCGUACCUGCUGCCAGAGUUCUCAUACGUCUUUGAGACUGCGUACGAGGUGACCUCGCUUUCGGGCUUCAACUGCACCCUCGACCGGCCCUCGGGCUACGCCUCGUCCGCGGCCGCCAUCUCGGCAGGCAUGCUACCCCUGAUGAACCACUUUGCUUACUCGGUCGUCCUGAGCUACGAGAUUCCCGAUGUUACCAACAUCGAUACCACCAACAGCCCGGACACCACUACCGCGGGCAAUCUGGGCCUGCACGCCAAAACUUGCAACAGCGACUGGGGCCAGAGCCCCACGUUUGUGCUCGUCGACUUCUUCAACAAGGGCCCAGCCAUCGACACCGCCGACAAUCUGAAUGGCAUCACUGCCACCGGCCGCUCAGACAGCGGCUCUACCAGCUCGAGCACAAGCACGAGCACGAGCGGCAGCGUCCAGACCCGCAACCUGGGUCUUGCAUCUGGCGCCCUUGUUGCGGCGUUGGCCGGUGCCGUAUUACUCAUCUAG